CGAAGUGAUGCAUGGAGCUGAUGGGGAUGGAGGAUGGGGGGUCGAGCGUCCUGAGGUCUUCCAUCAGAACCACGGGAGGACCACCACAGCAGCAGACGAAGACACAGGUCAGCUAAGACCAUGAGACUCUCAUCCGGCUGGACGAUACUUCUUCACCUGCUGAUUCAUGGAGCUGCUACAGUCUGCACAGUUAAGAAGCUGGGCGGCAACCCUGGAAGGUUUGCCAACGCCACCCUGGUGCGUCUGUCCGAGUUCUUGAGCGCCGGGUACAAGAAAGGAGUGAGACCCGUGAAGGACUGGAGGACGUCCACCAUCGUGGCCAUAGACCUCAUGGUUUACUCCAUCCUCAACGUGGAUGAGAAGAACCAGGUUUUGACAACAUAUGUGUGGUACCGGCAGUCUUGGACGGAUGAAUUCCUGGUGUGGGACCCGGAGGAUUUUGAUGAAGUCAAACAAGUCUCCAUGCCCACAGCUAACGUCUGGGUUCCCGACAUUCUCAUCAACGAGUUCGUCGACGUGGGGAAGUCUCCAGAUAUUCCUUACGUCUACGUUACACACGAGGGUCUGGUGCAAAACUACAAGCCCAUCCAGGUCGUCACCGCCUGCACCCUCAACAUCUACAACUUCCCGUUUGACGUCCAGAAGUGCAGCCUCACCUUCCAGAGCUGGCUCCAUACCAUCGAUGACAUCAACAUCACCCUGAUGCGAAGCCCCGAGAUGCUCAGGGACGACAAGAGCGUCUUCAUGAACCAGGGAGAGUGGGAGCUGCUGCACAUACUGUCCAACUACAAGAUCUUCAGCGUGGACAACGACGACUAUUACGCCGAGAUGAAGUUCCACGUGGUGAUCCGCCGCCGGCCGCUGUUCUACACCGUGAAUCUGCUGCUGCCCAGCAUCUUCCUGAUGGUGAUGGACAUCGUUGGUUUCUACCUGCCGCCGGACAGCGGAGAGAGAGUUUCCUUUAAGAUCACUCUGCUGCUCGGCUACUCGGUCUUCCUCAUCAUUGUCUCCGACACGCUGCCUGCCACCGCCAUCGGAACGCCACUGAUAGGCGUGUACUUCGUGGUCUGCAUGGCUCUCCUGGUGAUCAGCCUAACAGAGACCGUGCUGAUCGUUCGCCUGGUCCACAAGCAGGACCUGCAGCCCCCCGUGCCCCACUGGGUGAAGUACCUGGUCCUGGAGAGAGCUCCGGUUCUUUUCUGCAUCCACAAAAAGCACCGCUUCUGCGCCAGGCUGUCAUCUCAGGCGUCAGAGCUGGACCGCUACAAGGAGAACGACUACGGGACUGCCCAGUGCUCCCUCCACCACACCUGUGAGAUAGGCCAGAGGCUCAGCCAGCAGGACAGGGAGGGGGGGAUGCUGGGAUUUCGCCUGGCCCCACCCAGGGACAGCACCCCUCCUGUCAUGGAUAACAUCCUCCAGGAGGUGACGGCGAUUCGGCAGUUCCUGGAGAAAAGGGACCGGUGUCGGGAAAUCGCCAAGGAAUGGCUGCAGGUCGGCUACGUGCUGGACGUGCUGCUCUUCAGAGUCUACCUGGUGGCUGUGAUCGCCUACAGCAUCACGCUGGGUACUCUGUGGUCGGUCUGGCAGGUGGCCUGAGUUUCGCCUUCCACUCAGUGUGGGUGAAUUGGAAUUAAAAAUAGCAUCAGACGGCUCAUCUGAUAAAGGAGGCAUUCAUGAACAAGGAAAUUGCUCCAGCAGACGAGCCCUCAAUGUAAAUUCGGAGGGUGAGUCACUAAAAUGUCCUCAUAAACAUUAUGCUUUAGGCUCAAUAAAGUGAUUUGUAUCAUAGAUUCUCAAAGAUGGGGUCAGGGCCUCAUUUGGGAUCAUGGAUCAGCAAGUAUGGGCUCUUGAGAUCCUUUGCAGAAAUUAAACUAAACAAUAAAAAUGUUAAAGGUGAAGCAUAUUAAUGUUAUCAUUUUUGAAGAUAUAAAAACAUCGCUUAGAAAUAGACCAAACCAAACACGCUGGUUGUUGAAGCUGUUUGCAUUAUUAUUAUCAUUAUGUUGGUUGAUUAAUUUUGUAGAAAUGUUUAUCUAAUCAAGCAGUAGUUUGGGUCAUGUGUCCAUUCUGGUACUAGUUAAAGUUUGGGAACCUCUGGUUUGUAUGACUCAGAAGGCAUAUCAGGAACAUCACAAAAGCUUUCUGCUCCAAGGCAAACUGGCAUUCUGUCCCAAACUCCGUUAGUCAAUACGUAUCAAAAUAGGAGAUAAAAAAGGUUUAUUAGUGACAAGCAAAAUUUAAGAUGUUUUAUCUCAGGAAUCCCCAUCACUGCUGGGUCGAAAAUGACCAUUAUAUGACUCUAAGAUUAAAAACAAUAACCGUUUUGUUCAACCUUCAGAAGGUGAGAAACAAUGACACACUUGGUUACUACACAUGA